AAACGUGUUCGAGCGGUGUUUCCCAUAUUUCUGUAGUCGUUAUUUUUUCAAAAAUUGAAAGCUCAGAGCUUAUACUUAAGUGGCUUAUUAAUUUCUAAGGUUAUAGUUUAAGUUAAAAUGGCUAUUCCCGACCCUUCGCGAUACGCGGUCUGCGGUGAUCACCCUCGACUGAAGGAAGAUAAUAUUUUUAUAGAUAAAGCCUUAGAUAAGAUGAUAUUAGACGAGACGAGAAUUCUGCCUCUGUUCGAAACACGAUACCAUCACUACAGAGAAAAGAGAUCUGUUUCUUUAGUUCAGAACGAGUUCUUGGAAUGUCGCUGGAGUGAGUUUAUGAAGACUUGUCACCAGAAGACCAUGUUUCGAUUUCCUACUGUUGACGAUCUUCACUUCUCGAACUAUUCAAUAAGGUACCUCCCUAAAGAAUCGAUACGCAAUCGAGUCGACAACCGAUUACGAUUGCGAAUGGGCCCCGGAGUCGAUAAGUACGGUCAGAUACCAGUACCAGAUGACGUGAAUGUACGCAAGACGGUGAACCCCAAAACUACUGAAGCGAAGAAAGCCAGAAAUGACGCGAAGAAAGCAAAAAAUGACGCGAAGAAAGAUAAAAAUGAAACGAAGAAAGAUAAAAAUGACGCGAAGAAAGAUAAAAAUGACGCGAAGAAAGAUAGAAAUGAAACGAAGAAAGAAAAAAAUGAAACGAAGAAAGAUAAAAAUAUUGAUAUGAAGACAAAUAAAAAUGAGACGAAGAAAGGCAAAAAGACUGAAAAAGCUGAAAAUAAAAUCACGACUAGUGAGAAGAAAAAUGAGUCUGAGAUAACGCUGAAAUGAUGAACUCGUGUUUUUUGUUUAUCUCUCACAAAUAAAUUGAAUUUUGUGUUACGUCACUUUUGGGUAAAAAUGUUACAAAACCAUGACGGCCCCAACUUUCUAAGUAAACCUUUUUUUUGUUAAAAUAUAAAAAAAAACGUGUUCAGAAUAAUUUGAUGAUCUGAAAUGCGGACUAAUUAUAGCCACUAUUUUUUAAGAAAUAAUGUUUAAGUUUAACC